AGGAGUGGGCGGAAGAAAGCUCAAGGGGGGGGGGGAAGGGAGCGCAGUUACUGGUCAGUUACCGUCGAGGCCUCUAGAUACUUGGAUUUAACGGCUUCUGGUCAGGGAGGAGAGAGUUUGGAAAGGGGCUGCAUGUCGGAGCGGGUGUUCGGGGGCCUAUGAUCGCCGUUGCUGAAAAAUCCAGCAAACUGUACAAAGGGUCUUCCUUUUGACCUCCCCCGACUCCGAAGUGGAGCUCAGUCGGAAGGCGAGGUUUGUCUGCAGGUGGUGCGGAGGGCAUUGGAUUAGGGUUCCCUGCCGCGGAAGUGUGGCAGGGGGAAAGGUAGCGUGAGGGGAGAGGGAGAUUGCCGGCGUUGGGGUCGUCAGACAGAGCGGAGUGGGGGUGGAGUCCGUGCGGCUUGCGGCCACCCAGUGUUGGAACAGGGGUCUGGUCUCGUUGCCCUUCGAGGACGCCAGAUAGUCAGCCGCCGGGCUUGCAGGCAUUUGGUUUCGGUAAGCGGUGGCGGCAGUAGUUUAGGAGGCGAGCAGACCGAUUUAGGGUCUUAGGAGGGGGUGGCUCGACUGAAGGGGUGACUUGCUGACCGGCUCAGGAUGGUGCCGCUGCUGUCUCUAGGGAUUGGGCUGUCGCUGCUCUUGCUGUGGGCUAGGUACAAGGGGAUAGAGUAUGUGCUGGUCCAUCAUCGCUGGAUUUUUGUCUGCCUGUUCCUGUUGCCCCUUUCUGUUCUUUUCGACAUCUACUCUCAGUUCCGUGCUUGGGUUGUACAGAAGCUUCAUAGUGCUCCUUUGCAACAUAGCCAACGUGUUCGCUACAUCCAGGCGCAGGUGCGAGAAUGGAAAAAAGAAGGCCAAAAAACAUACAUGUGUACUGGCCGUCCUGGCUGGCAUACAGUAUCUCUUCGUGUUGGAAAGUACAAGAAGACUCAUAAGAACAUAUUCAUCAAUUUGAUGGAUAUUCUGGAGGUCGAUACUGAAAGACAGGUUGUCCGUGUGGAACCCUUGGUUACAAUGGGUCAGUUAACAGCAUAUCUCAACCCCUUGGGCUGGACUAUUCCUGUGGUACCAGAGCUCGAUGAUCUUACCGUAGGUGGCUUGGUCAUGGGAACUGGCAUAGAGACAUCUUCACAUGUCUAUGGACUGUUUCAGCACACCUGCAAAGCCUAUGAAAUCGUACUUGCUGAUGGAAGCCUCGUGAGAUGUACACCAGAGGAGAACUCAGAUCUAUUUUACGCAGUGCCUUGGUCUUGUGGUACCCUGGGCUUCCUCGUUGCAGCUGAAAUAAACAUUGUCCCAGUAAAAAAAUACAUAAAAUUGCAUUGUGAACCUGUGAGAGGACUGAAGGCAAUAUGCAAAAGAUUUACUGAAGAAUCAGAAAAGAAAGAAAACCACUUUGUGGAGGGGUUGGUGUACUCAUUGGAAGAAGCUGUCAUAAUGUCAGGAAUUCUGACUGAUGAAGCUGAUCAGAGCAAGGUCAACAGCAUUGGGAACUAUUAUAAGCCAUGGUUCUAUAAACACGUGGAGAAGUAUCUGAAGGCUAACGAGACAGGAGUAGAGUAUAUUCCAACAAGACAUUACUAUCACAGGCAUACACGGAGCAUUUUCUGGGUACUCCAGGAAAUCCUUCCUUUUGGAAAUAAUCCUGUUUUUCGCUACUUAUUUGGCUGGAUGGUACCUCCUAAAAUCUCUCUCUUAAAACUGACUCAAGGAGAAGCAAUUCGAAAGCUUUAUGAACAGCAUCAUGUGGUUCAAGACAUGAUGAUCCCCAUAAAAAGUCUUGAAAAAUGUAUUGAAACUUACCACAGUGACAUCAAAGUUUAUCCCCUGUGGCUAUGUCCCUUCAUAUUGCCUAAUAACCCUGGCAUGGUUCACCCAAAAGGAGAUGAAACUGAACUGUAUGUAAAUGUUGGAUCCUAUGGCGAGCCCCAAACAAAACAUUUUGAAGCCAGGGCUUCUACCAGACAAAUGGAGAAAUUUGUAAGGAGUAUACAUGGUUUUCAGAUGUUAUAUGCAGAUUGCUAUAUGACCCGUGAGGAAUUCUGGGAAAUGUUUGACGGUUCCUUAUACCACAAGCUGAGGAAGGAACUUCAGUGCAGUGAUGCUUUCCCAGAAGUGUAUGAUAAAAUCUCCAAAGCUGCAAGACACUAAACCUCUAACCUCAACAAGCAAUCAGGGAAAUCAGAUUUCACAAUAACUAACAGCUCUUCCCAUACAAAAUAUUUUUGUUGCU